AUGGGAAAGAAGCGGAAGAGAGAGCAUUAUAAACAUAACGAGGAACCUCGUAGAUGGACAUUGCUUCCGACCACGGACGAGAACGGUGACCCAGAGGCGGAGGACGACCUCUCUGGACCACCUGUUGAUGGGUUUGCAAAGGAAGCUGAAGGAUAUGCCGACAUCAUGGUUGCUAUUAACCUCCCACAGUUACAACAUCAAAGCUUGUCUGAUUUCUCGUCUAAUGCAAUGACGCAUCCUGGAUCUGCACUCAAACCAUCUGAAGAAUGGAUUGACACCUUUGUUUCAAAGUUUCGUGUCCUCAGAAUGGGACUAGCAGGGACUCUACCGUUGCAACAAACCAUCGAACUUCCACACAUCAAUAAUGAGAGAGCAUGGCGUAUCUAUUGCUACGGGCCACAAGCAGUUCAUCAACGUCGAGAAGAGUCUGAUCAAGGCUCUGACAACGAGUCUACAUCUUCAGAGGACAACGCUCAUGAGAAGUCAAAUGGUGCUGAAAAGCAAAAUACAGGGACUCCAGCCAAUGGAGUGAAUGGCAACACGGCCAAACCUCUAGAUGAGGCUGAGAAACUAGCUCGUGUUGAAGGCCAUCCUCCACUCUUACCGAUACUUGCGUCAUUCAAUCAUGCAUCCGCAUGGGCGCUGCUGGAAUAUCAUAUCUCAUGGCUAAGUGUAGACUGUGUAGAUGGACGACAUGGAGCAUGGCUGUUCUCUCUUUUGGCACUCUUGGACGACGUAAUGGUGGCAGAUGAGGUGUCUUUGCUGCGAGACUUGUGUCGAAAAUGUCGACAGAUUCGAGAUCACUUGGCUCGUCAAUCCGCAGAUGUUACAGAUAGACGAGUUGCUGCUGUAAAUAUGGUGAUUGCCAUUGUUAGUGGCUUCUUUGGGCAAAAGGAUUUAGGUUUGUAG